GUUUUUCUACACAGAAGCGCUCUAAUUUUAAGAACUUUGUACUAAGUAAAUUUUGAAAGACGUGCAUUCAUUCGCAUGUGCUCGUUUAUCAUUGGCUCAUUCGUAUGGACACGAGGUUAUGGAUAAAAAUUUUUUUUGCCCAGGCAUGAACGUGCCUCGCCAACAGUCCCUGCCAAGUGGACUCUCGGCGACGUCACAACUACGUAGUGGCCGAUCUUACAGGCCCACGGCCCACGAGGGUCUGAGCAGCCUCGCCGGAGUUUGGUCGGAACUCGUGUUGCGCGACAUCUCGGACCCCGUGAGGCCCAGGAGGAACGACGAGGAGUGUUGCGGACCGGUACCGCGGCAUCCUGAAUGCAUGCCCCACGUGGACGGACGCGGACGCUGCUUGGGUUAUUGGCGCGCUGUGCCGACCCUCAGCGCCCACGGUUGUCAACCGGAGGCCCGAGAAAUAAUGAACGGGGCCUCGGGCUACCUCGACGGCUCGGACUUGUACGGUGCUAAUGACGAUAGGCUCCACAAGCUGCGAAUAUACCAGGGAGGCAAGGUCGACUUGACCCAGUGCGAAUUUUGUGGCAAGAUCGACUCGAGUAUUGGCCAAUUGUACCGAGCGAUAUUGUCCGAGCAUAAUCGGAUUGCCGAGAAAUUGGCCGUUAUCAACGAGCAUUGGGAUGAUACGAGGCUUUACUUGGAGGCUCGCAGAGCUGUCGUUGCACAGAUACAACACGUGACGCUGAACGAAUUUGUGCCAAGUGUGUUGGGGGAGGCUGGUCACGCAGACAAGGAACUUAUGCCAACCCGUAGUGGCUUUUAUGGGGGAUACUCGUCAACGAAUCGCGGUGGUGCCAUAGACGCUGUUGCUCUCGCUGCAUUGCAAGCUCUUACCUCGCUCAAGCGUCACGAAAGUUCAAAUCUCGAGCAGCAGCUCGUACUGGCCGCCAAUAAAGUCAACCUUAAUGUGCUCGAGCAUGAGACUUCAUCACAGGGUUGGGAGCCAAGUGCUCUGUUGGUGCACAUUGCCCGAGAUCACGGGAUGCCCAGUUACAUAAACUUUGUACAUUUUUGCUCAUCUGGGCAAGUCAAGCUUCAAAAUUUCACCAGCCUGAUGAAUUUAGUCGAGCCCAAAGACAUUAUACUUCUUCAACAAAUUUAUUCCCGAGUGGAAGAUGUAGAUCUCUUUGUAGGUGGAAUUCUUGAAAUUCCGACUGAUGGAGCAGCGGUUGGGCCUACUUUUGUCUGUCUUUUACGUCAACAACUUAUCAAACUUCGAAAUUCCGAUCGAUUUUGGUAUGAGAAUGAUAUUCCACCAUCGAGCCUAAAAUCUGGUCAAAUUACCGAGAUACGUAAGGUAACAUUGUCCGGUAUAUUAUGCGCUAACUCGGGCAUUACGAAAAUCCAGUCAAAAUCCUUUAUUCAACAAGAUCCUUAUCUAAAUGUUAAAAUUAACUGCAACCAACAUGGGCUUUUGGAUUUGUCAGCUUGGAGGGAAGAGCCUAUUACAGCUACUGUUGUUGAUAAUCACAUGACAGCAGCGGUUACCCUUACCGACUCGGCUACGUCUCUCGCAUCUGAAAUUAAUCAAGACAUGAUCGUUGCCGCGAUUAAAAAGGCUGAAGAGAAUCUAGUGUUGAGAAAACAAUUGGAGUACAAUUCUUGGCUGGAACAAAGAAUAGCUGAUCCGAAAUCACCGGCGGGCACUGCGGCGAGCUUUUCUAAAGCUAAUAAAGAUGCUUUGUUACUAGCCAAUUCGUCGAUUUUAUAUGAGCUUGCGACGAAUGAGCUUAUUAAUGGGGUCCACGGUUUAAGAAGAAAAAAGCGACAAGCUUUUGAUGCUGGUGAUAAUAUUUUGGGUUUUCCUAACAACGAAUUCAAUGAUAUUCUUCAAAAUGUUGACAUUUCUGGCUUUAUUACACAAAAGCCGCCAACAAAUCACGAAGAAAUUGAUUGCCCUGUCGAUGAUGCCGCGUGUGACCCAACGACCCCAUAUCGUACAUUUUCUGGCCAUUGUAAUAAUUUGCGAAAUCCAUCGCUUGCAAAGUCUUUGACAACGUUUGCCAGACUUUUGCCGCCAAUAUACGAAGACGGAGUUUCGAAACCAAAAAUAACAUCUGUUACUGGAGUGCCUUUGCCAAAUCCAAGAGUUAUAUCGACAAUUAUUCAUCCGGAUAUUUCUAAUCUUCAUAAUCGCUAUACGCUUAUGGUGAUGCAGUUCGCUCAAUUUCUCGAUCACGAUCUCACCAUGACACCCAUUCACAAGGGUUUUGCCGAGUCCAUUCCUAGUUGUCGGGCUUGUGACUCGGCUCGUACAGUUCAUCCCGAGUGCAAUCCAUUCCCUGUACCACCAAACGAUCACUUUUAUCCAACGGCCAACAUCUCUACGGGAGCAAGACUCUGUAUCCCAUCGAUGAGGUCACUCCCGGGUCAACAGCACCUUGGGCCUCGUGAGCAGGUUAAUCAAAAUACUGGCUUCCUCGAUGCCUCGGUAAUCUAUGGCGAAAAUAAUUGUAUAGCCAAUAUUUUGAGAGGCUUUAGUGGUCGCAUGAAUAUAACGAGUCAUCCAAAUCGCGGUAAAGACCUACUGCCUCAGUCACGUACACAUCCAGAGUGCAAGGCUCCAUCAGGCUACUGUUUCAUCGGAGGCGAUGGACGCGCUUCCGAACAGCCAGGUUUAGCCGUAAUGCACACUAUGUGGGUUAGAGAGCAUAACAGAGUAAUGGAAGGCUUAAGGCAAGUUAAUCUACAUUGGGACGCUGAAAAACUCUUCCAGGAAACUCGUCGGGUCCUCAGUGGUAUGUUACAGCAUGUUACGUAUAACGAGUUCCUUCCACGUAUACUCGGAUGGAACGCCGUUAGCCUUUAUGGGCUAAAACUCUUACCCCAAGGAUACUACAAGGAAUAUUCUCCGACUUGUAAUCCAAGCGUUCUCAAUGAAUUCGCAACGGCUGCUUAUCGUAUAGGUCACUCGCUUCUACGACCACAUCUGCCAAGAAUGGACCGUAACUACCAAAACAUCGAUCCACCAAUACUAUUACGAGAUGGCUUCUUUAAUCCCGAUAUGUUAUAUCAACCGGAGAUGAUUGACGAGAUGAUUCGUGGUUUGGUAUCUACACCUAUGGAGACGCUCGAUCAGUUCAUAACCGGCGAGGUCACAAAUCACUUGUUUGAGCAGAGAGGAAUUCCACACUCGGGCGUGGACCUUAUUGCGCUAAAUAUCCAACGAUCGAGAGAUCACGGCAUACCAGGAUACAAUAAUUAUAGAGCAUUGUGUAAUUUGAAAAGGGCGGCAACUUUUGAUGAUCUAUCUAGAGAAAUGGCACCGGAGGUUAUUGCAAGAUUGAAAAGGGUUUACAGUUCUGUUGAUGAUAUCGAUCUAUUUCCAGGUGGUAUGAGCGAGAGGCCAUUGCAGGGCGGAUUGGUCGGGCCGACGUUCGCCUGUAUAAUUGCUAUUCAAUUUCGUCAAUCGCGCAAGUGCGAUCGCUUUUGGUACGAGACCGAUGAUCCAAAUAUCCGCUUUAGUGAGCAUCAGCUUGCCGAAAUACGUAAGACAACUCUUGCUAAAGUAAUGUGCGAGAAUAUGGAUCAUCAUACGGAUAUGCAGAGGGCAGCUUUUGAUUUGCCGAGUAACUUCUUAAAUCCACGAGUGCCGUGCGGUUCGAUGCCUCAGAUGAAUUUUGAGGCUUGGAGGGAAACACGACAUGGUUGUCAGAUUGGUGGUAGGAACGUUGCCGUGGGCGAGUCCGGUUUUCCUACGCCUUGUACUAGCUGCGUAUGCACGGCUGAGGGAACACAUUGCGCGUCAUUAAGAGUAACGGAUUGCAAUCAACUUCUUCGAGAAGCAUCUCGAGAGGCGAUUCUACGAGAUGACGUAUGCACAGCACAAUGUGGCUUUAUCCUGGCCGCUACGGAUAGCUCGUCAAAUAUACAAUUUAAGACAUCAAACAACUUCCCCAGCUUUUCUCAACAUCGAAGCAGCCUGCGAAGCUCAUUUUCGUCAUCUUUUAAUGGCUUCAAGUUGCCGGAUCUUUCGCAGUUUAUCGGUUAGAUUGUACAAAUAAAAAAGUGAAAGCAUAAGUGCCAAUAUAAAUUACUACUCAAAGACAGUAAUCGGCAAUAGUUCGAUGGAUAAAGGAGAGAAAAAUUAAACAAUCAAAGACGAUGCAAAAUAUCAUGAAAUUUAAAGAUUUCAGAAUACAAUGAAAGAACGUAAGUUGCAACGUUUCUGUCACUUUGUGUACUUAUUGUACAUUAAUUGAUGAGCAAGAAAUUCAUUUUGCAGUUAAUGUAAAUAUAGAUUGUAAGUUACAAAUUGUUAGUAUUUAAGUGCAUCUAUUGCACAUUUUU